AUGAAGGAACUAAUAAUAAAAGAGCAAAAAAAAAAUAAAUUGUCCAAAGAACACGAAAGCUUGGCACAAGAAGAUGACGUGAUUUCAGUUGCCGGAGUACGGAUGCCAAUUACCAACGAAGAAGACGUAGAACUUCUCGAAUCAAUGGUUAAAAUCAACGAUGCCGUACGAUAUGAAUAUACAUCUUUUCUACGAUCUAUAAUGGGUAAAAGCUUGGAUAUCGUGUCCGUAUUUGGGAACAUUUUCGCUGACUCGGCCAUGUAUGGGUUCAAUUUUUCGGGAAUCUGUAAUAGAGGACCUAAGCGUAAGCCGAUGCAGAGUUAUUUCAUUUUUACCGACUGUAUGCUUGAUGCGUGGGAAGAGUAUGGAGUCGACGAAAGCUGGCUGCAAGAUAGUUUAACGUUAGUUAUAAAAAAAAUCAACCAUAGAAAACGUAAUAGAAAGUAUUUUAAAAAACGCCGCGAAAGUAAACUUUCAGAAAGACGAGCCAGCAAAGACUCAAAGCCAAACCUUGUUAUAUCAUGA